GCUCCGCAUUGCCGCUUCCCCUAGUACCCGAGCAGUCGCCGCUGCUGCCGCAGCCCCGAGGCUGGCACCCCCGCCCUCGCCGGGGACUCGGUGGCCCGCCCGGGGAACCCAGCCCAGGUCUCCAGAAGCUUUGGAAAGAGAAGUAGGCAGCCCUUCCUGAGUUCUCCUGGCUCCUCUCCCCUUCCCAUUCCUCUCUCCCUUCCCCCAUCCACCCACCUGAACUGAGUAUAGGCCAGAGCUCCUCUCUUCCUUUCCCCUCCUAGAAACUUACUGGCCAGGUCCUAGUUCCUAUUAUUCUGUGCCCAAAGAUACUGGAACCUACUUCAUCUAAACAACUGGGGGGAGGUGUCUUCUUGACUCCACAAGUCCUUGAGCAAAAGGCUGAAAAAGAAGCAGGGAGUGGUGGAGAUCAGGCGAAGUACCCCAAAGCCCCAUCAUGGAAGAGGGCUUCCGAGACCGGGCCGCUUUCAUCCGUGGGGCCAAAGACAUUGCCAAGGAAGUCAAGAAGCAUGCGGCCAAGAAAGUGGUGAAGGGCCUGGACAGAGUCCAGGACGAAUAUUCCCGCAGAUCCUACUCCCGCUUUGAGGAAGAGGAGGAUGAUGAUGACUUCCCUGCCCCUGCUGACGGCUAUUACCGUGGGGAAGGGGCCCAGGACGAGGAGGAAGGUGGCGCAUCUAGUGAUGCGACUGAAGGCCAUGAUGAGGAUGAUGAGAUCUACGAGGGGGAGUAUCAGGGUAUCCCCCGGGCAGAGUCUGGGGGCAAGGGUGAGCGGAUGGCAGAUGGGGCACCCCUGGCUGGAGUCAGAGGGGGCUUGAGUGAUGGGGAAGGCCCCCUUGGGGGACGGGGGGAGGCACAGCGGCGGAAAGAACGGGAAGAACUGGCCCAGCAGUACGAAGCCAUCCUACGGGAGUGUGGCCAUGGCCGCUUCCAGUGGACACUCUAUUUUGUGCUUGGUCUGGCGCUGAUGGCUGAUGGUGUCGAGGUCUUUGUGGUGGGCUUCGUGCUGCCCAGUGCUGAGAAAGACAUGUGCCUGUCUGACUCCAACAAGGGCAUGCUGGGCCUCAUUGUCUACCUGGGCAUGAUGGUGGGAGCCUUCCUCUGGGGAGGUCUGGCUGAUCGGCUGGGUCGGAGACAGUGUCUGCUCAUCUCGCUCUCAGUCAACAGUGUUUUUGCCUUCUUCUCAUCUUUUGUCCAGGGUUAUGGCACUUUUCUCUUCUGCCGCCUCCUUUCUGGGGUUGGGAUUGGAGGGUCCAUCCCCAUUGUCUUCUCCUAUUUCUCGGAGUUUCUGGCCCAGGAGAAACGUGGGGAGCAUCUGAGCUGGCUCUGCAUGUUUUGGAUGAUUGGUGGAGUGUACGCAGCUGCCAUGGCCUGGGCCAUCAUCCCCCACUACGGGUGGAGUUUUCAGAUGGGUUCUGCUUACCAGUUCCACAGCUGGAGGGUCUUUGUGCUCGUCUGCGCCUUUCCUUCUGUGUUUGCCAUUGGGGCUCUGACCACGCAGCCUGAGAGCCCCCGUUUCUUCCUGGAGAAUGGAAAGCACGAUGAGGCCUGGAUGGUCCUGAAGCAGGUUCAUGACACCAACAUGCGAGCCAAGGGGCAUCCUGAGCGAGUAUUCUCAGUAACCCACAUUAAGACGAUUCAUCAGGAGGAUGAGUUGAUUGAGAUCCAGUCAGACACAGGGACCUGGUACCAGCGCUGGGGGGUCCGGGCCUUGAGCCUGGGGGGACAGGUUUGGGGGAAUUUCCUGUCCUGUUUUGGUCCAGAAUAUCGACGCAUCACUCUGAUGAUGAUGGGCGUGUGGUUCACCAUGUCAUUCAGCUACUAUGGCCUGACCGUCUGGUUUCCCGACAUGAUCCGCCAUCUCCAGGCGGUGGACUAUGCAGCCCGUACCAAAGUGUUCCCUGGGGAGCGUGUGGAGCAUGUGACUUUUAACUUCACACUGGAGAAUCAGAUCCACCGAGGGGGGCAGUACUUCAAUGACAAGUUCAUUGGGCUGCGUCUGAAGUCAGUGUCCUUUGAGGAUUCCCUGUUUGAGGAGUGUUAUUUUGAGGAUGUCACAUCCAGCAACACAUUUUUCCGCAACUGCACAUUCAUCAACACUGUGUUCUAUAACACUGACCUGUUUGAGUACAAGUUUGUGAACAGCCGUCUGGUAAACAGCACAUUCCUGCACAACAAGGAGGGCUGCCCGCUAGACGUGACAGGGACAGGUGAAGGAGCCUACAUGGUGUACUUUGUCAGCUUCUUGGGAACGCUGGCUGUGCUUCCUGGGAAUAUUGUGUCUGCCCUGCUCAUGGACAAGAUUGGCAGGCUCAGAAUGCUUGCUGGCUCCAGUGUGAUGUCCUGUGUCUCCUGCGUCUUCCUGUCUUUUGGGAACAGUGAGUCAGCCAUGAUUGCUCUGCUUUGCCUUUUUGGGGGGGUCAGCAUUGCAUCCUGGAACGCGCUGGACGUGUUGACUGUUGAACUCUACCCCUCAGACAAGAGGACCACAGCCUUCGGCUUCCUGAAUGCCCUGUGUAAGCUGGCAGCUGUGCUGGGGAUCAGCAUCUUCACAUCCUUCGUGGGAAUCACCAAGGCUGCCCCCAUCCUCUUUGCCUCAGCUGCCCUUGCCCUUGGCAGCUCUCUGGCCUUGAAGCUGCCUGAGACCCGGGGGCAGGUGCUGCAGUAAGGGGGUCUCUGGGGCUUUGGGGGUGGCAGGCACACUGUGAGACCAACAAUUCCUUUCCCCUCCCUGCCCUGCCAUCCUGGCCCCCAGAGCCCUCACACCCCACUCUCACGUCGGGUGUCUUAGCUGUGUGUGCGUGUGUGUGUGCAUGUGUGUGACCUCUGUGGGCAGGGACUCCAGGGAAGGCUCUUUCAUCCCAGGGUUGGGAUGAAGCUCUACUCCCCACCUCCUACUACCCUUGACUCUGCACAAGAGGUUGAACCCCACCCUUCCCCCCAGUGUUAGAGAGGGGCUCUUGCUUCCCUGCUCCGGGGGUUCCAGAAGAGGCUUCCUGCCUUCUCCCUCAUUCCCUCUGCCUUGGCCCUGGUGAAACCACAGGUAUGCAGUUAUGCUGGGAGCUGGGGCUUGCGUGUAGACCAUGGACCAAAAGAACUUCUUAGAGUCAGAAGGGUCUCAGGUGUCCUCUCACACCUCCCUUUGGAUGCUGGGGGAGUAGCAAUAAACUUCAGCCCCCUGGCCUCCACUUCCCCUCAAUUUGGGCUGCAAAUAUGAAGCCUGAAUUUUAUGAAAUUAGCUUUCUGAUUCUUACUUAUUUAUAUAUUAAUUUCUGAGGCAGCUCAGCAGGACUCUGUGUGUGUGUGAAUGUGUGUAUACUUAUGUAUGAAUGUGUUUGUGCCAAGGGGAGGGGGUGUCACUAUACUGUCCAAAAAUAUAAGCCAAGGGUAGUUUCAGCACACACACACACACACACGCACACGCAUGCACACACACACACACACACACACACACACACACACACACACACACACACACACACACACACACACACACACACACACACACACACACACACACACACACACACACACACACACACACACACACACACACACACACACACACACACACACACACACACCCUGCCUCCCAUGGUACCUCUGCUAAUCUUAUUUCUGUGUUGGGCCUGGGAGGGAGGAGCCCUAGGCCAGGCUGGGAUAAGAGUCCACAGUGCAGCGAGAUCUGAGGGGACCUGACAGAGCCCAUCUCUUUCCUUCCUCUCAACUGUGGAGUGAGAGGCUCCACUCACUACAGCACAGACAGGCGCAGCACAGGUUCCCUUCCAUGCCCUCAACCUGUCUCCUCACAGGCAGGGGAGCAGGGAAGGGAAAGAAAACAGGCACAUGGUCAAACCAGCACAUCAGAAAGCACAAGGAGCUGGAACAGGGGCAGGGGCAACAAGUAGGAGACCUGCAGACAACUCCUCUAAAAGUGGGGAGAGGUUGGGCAGUAAGUGAGAGAUCCCUAAUGCAGGGACCAGAAGCCUCAGUUUCCCUAUCUCUCCUUUCCACACAACAGCUUCUGUAGGUUAAGCUGCCCCUGUCCCACUCUACUCUCUGUGGCUGCUUUCCUUGGUGCCCUCCUCCAACCCCUAUCGUAGCGGUGAUGUGUUGUAGUUUUUAGCUGUUUGUAAAAUGUUUAAAAAACGUUACAAGAAAAAAAAUGAAAAUAACAACAAAAAAGAAAAUCCAAAUUCACCCUCCUCACGCUGCGUCUGGUGCCCCCAUCCAGUCACUCCCAGCUCCUCUCUCCCCCACCCCCAUUUUGUAACACUGAACCAGGUGGUGACUGUUUUACUUCUUUGGUGUCUGUGCUCAAAGGACUGCCUUCUCCUCCAGUGCCGUGUAUGAGUGUGUGCCUUCUCCCUUCACUAUUUACUUGCUGGACGUAGCUCUCUCCCCUCCUCCCCCAAGAGGGCCCCAUCCAUCUCCCUUGCUCUCCUGGGGAACCCUCAACCCAACUCUGUUGAUGUGAAAAUGAAAUGAAAAAUAAACAGAAAACAGAUC